AUGUGCUCAUGGAGCGCAGCAAGAUAUAAACGCGCACACGUUCUUGACGAUAUUCCUGAUUCGUUUAUCGGUUCAUAUGUAAGGAAGAACAGAAAUGCCACGGAUAAUGACAUCAUUAAGGCAUACUUGAAGCAACCAGCUCUUCUCAGCGAAUCUGACUUUCUCAAGCUCUGCCCACCUUCUCUUGGCUACAUUAACAGAGCCAAAAGUACUGGAACCACGAACUCUACAUAUGCCUGCAUGCCAGAGUCUGUUGUUACAUGGGAUGACUUCGAGGACGAUGUAAAUAACACCAUCUGGGAUGACACCCCGAUGGUACUCCCAUCCGGCAUUUCAACAAUAACCCAGGAAUAUGCAACGAAGAGAAUGUUCGGGAAGCACUCAACCAAACUGUGUAUAAUUUUCCAGAACAACCAUUUCUUUAUCUUUCAUAAACUGCAUUAA